UGUGAUCGCCAAACCCCACCCACUUCGAGUCUCAUGGGACAGCGAUUUUGGCGCGCUUUUGGAACAGAUCGCUGUUUCUCCUCCUCCUCGCGCUCGGCUGUUGCUAGAAGACGUAACUUAGAGGAGGCCGCUAUUCCAACCACCGCUUCAUCGCCAACACUCCUUACCUCAGGUAGGACAAAGCCACCUAAGAUGCGGAGCCGCGAGGAAGUAGAAGCGACCCUACGUGUUGCCAAACUGGACCCGGAGGAACUGCUUCCUACUGUGCAGUGCCUCAGCUUCUGCCCACAGGCGGACUCCGGAGAGUGUUACCUCCUACAGCUGGAGCCGGACCUGUGCGCUGAGUUGGAAGAGGGGCGAAGCCUGGUGAUUCGUGGAGACAGAGAUGAACAUGCUGUGCUAUGCAGUAAAGAUAAAACCUAUGACAUGAAAAUAGCAGAUACGUCUAACACAUUGCUUUUCAUACCCAGCUGUGAUACACCAGAGCAGCUUAAUUCAGGCAGGCCUUCUUCUAAUAUCCUUUACACACAGAUUGCAGGCUUCUCUAAUAAUUUCUGGGAACUGAGAAGAUGUCGACCUAAAUUUAAAAAACUGAAGAAACUUCUAAUGGAAAAUCCUUACGAAGGACCAGACAGCGAGAAAGAGAGAACUUCAGCUAACACAAAGUACACCACUGAAGAUUUGCUAGAUCAAGUCCAAGCAAGUGAGGAAGAAAUAAUGCAUCAACUGGAGGUUCUAAAAGCAUGCCAAAUUAAAGGAUAUUGGAGGAUUCUAGACUUUGAUUAUGAGAUGAAACUGUUGAAUCAUGUGACUCAGUUGAUAUAUACUGAGUCCUGGCCAUUCAGCAAGGUUCCUUUGAGCAUCUGCUUUCAAGAGCUUGGAUCUUUAGAGCCUAAGGAAAUGAUAGAACAUAUUCUUGUGAGUUAUGGAAAGAAAUACAUUGACGAAGGCAAGACUUACUUUGAAAUGAAUGAAGAGAAGAUAUGCAGAGCAACAGCACAAAUGCUCUUGCAAAAUGCAGUUAAAUUCAGUCUCUCAGAAUUCCAGGAAGUGUGGCAGCAAAGCGUCCCUGAAGGAAUGACAACUAGACAGGACCAGUUAAAGGGUUUGGCUCUUGUGGACAAAACCUUCAGACCAGAAACUAUUUCCUUGCUGAAUGUUGAAGACUUACCAGAAGAUAACCAAGAAAGAUUUAACAGCUUGUUUGCUAUCAGAGAGAAAUGGACUGAAGCUGAUAUAGCUCCAUAUAUACAGGACUUAUGUUCAGAGAAGCAAACAAUUAGUGCACUGCUGACAAAGUAUGCUCGCUCUUCAAUGCAUAAUGGACUUAAAGUUUAUAAUUCUAGAAGACCCAUUUCAUAAGAAGCAACACUGAUUACAAACUGAAGAUGCACUAUAGACUAUCAACUGAUGGCUUAAAUUUGGAGUUGAGGUUGUUGGGAUUUUUUCAGCAAUUUUAUUUCAUAUGGUUAAAAUUCCAGGGAUCUUCUCUUAAGCAUGUAACGGUAUUAAAAUGCAUCGUAAUUCCUAUAUAGAAUUUUGAAGAUAAAACUGAACUCUUUGAAAAGUUCAACAGUGGACAAAUACAUUCUUUAAAUCCUCUGGAACUAUCUCUGUAAUGAAUAUUAAGAACUAGAAUUAUUCAUAAAGCUGUGUUAGAAUCCCAGAGGUAAAAAUACACUCUUCUUGUGUCUAUAUGUAUUAAAGCAUAUGGUAAUACAAAAUA